AUGUCUCUCUCGAAAGUUCCUGUUCAUAAGUGUUUAGAAAAACUGCAAUGGCUUCUGGGAGUUUGGCGUUCGGAAUCAGCGAUAAUCCUAUUAGAAGGAAAAGCAUUCACCUAUCUUAGUGAAUUCAAAUGUGAACAAGUCGGGCAGCCUAAUUUUACUAUUCAUAUCAACGCAUUCAAUGUUCAACCGUCCACGGAUGGUAGUUCAGGAGUAACAUGGACAAACGCAACUGAAUUGAAACCAUUUCAUCGUGAAAUGGGCUUUUUACGUGUUAACCCAAAGGAUGAAACAGCCACGAAUGUUUCGUAUUUAAAUGUUCAAAAUGUUGGCUUAGCCAAUGUGGAAGAAGGUCGUAUUAAUGGUAAAAGUUUCGUUGUGGAAACGAAAUCAAUUGGACGGUCGUGCUUCAAUAAAGAUCCCAGCGUUCGAUUACUUCGUCGAGAAUAUCGACUGGAUGAACAGGAUGAAAAUGUUUUACAUGUGAAAGUGUUUAUGAGCACAAGUCGAAUGGAAGAAAACGAACAAGCGUUUGAGCAUUUAACUAUUCAAUAUCGAAAAGUAUCAAAUGAAUAA